AUGGUGUAUAAGGAAGAUCAAAUUGCCAAGGUGAUAGUCUCUUACUUUGGGAAGCUGUACACCAUGCAAGAAGGAGACCGGAGAGAGACAGUCGAGUAUGCUUUGGCAGCACUGGUAAAAGAGGUUGCACUCUCCAUACACGCGGAUAAGGCUCCCGGGCCUGAUGGUUUUUCCGCAAGUUUUUUCCACUCCAAUUGGGACAACAUUGGAGAUGGUCUAGUUAAAGAGAUUCAAGGGUUCUUUGAGUCCGGCAUUAUUCCAGCAAAAAUAAACGAGACACACAUCCGACUUAUUCCCAAGGUCAACAGCCCACAGACAGUGGCGGAAUAUAGGCCUAUUGCUCUAUGUAAUGUUGAAGUCCUCUCGGGGCUAUGUAACAAAGCACAUGCUGAUGGAUCCCUUAAAGGAAUCAGAGUGGCUAGGAGUUUCCCUCGGAUCAAUCAUCUCUUGUUCGCGGACGACACAAUGUUCUUUAUUCGGGCUGAUCAAAGGAGUUGUGCAGCGCUAUCUUCUAUCCUAAGCCGGUAUGAAGCAGCCUCGGGGCAGGCUAUAAAUACAUCAAAAUCUUCGAUAUCUUUCUCAAAGAAAACCCCCAGCUCCAUAAUAGAAGCAGCGAAAGGAACACUUAAUAUUCAUCAAGAAGGUGGAGUGGGGAAAUAUCUCGGGUUACCCAAGCAUUUUGGAAGGAAAAAGAGAGACCUAUUCUCCUCGAUAGUCGACAAGAUCAAACAGAAAGCAAGUGGGUGGUCUAACAGAUAUUUAUCUACGGUGGGGAAAUUCACAAUGCUCAAGAGUGUACUCUCUCCGAUUCCAUCGUAUGCGAUGACUUGCUUUCAACUUCCGGUAUCGCUCUGCAAGUGGAUACAGUCCGCUUUGACGAGAUUCUUUUGGGAUGCUCGGAAUGGAUCGAGGAAGAUGGCUUGGAUCUCCUGGAAAAAGCUAACAAAGUCCAAAGCGGAGGGAGGUCUCGGGUUCAGAGAUUUCCAGUGUUUCAACAUUGCAUUCCUCGCUAAACUAAGCUGGAGACUGAUCCAUUAUCCCCACAGCCUGUUAGGCAGAACAUUACUUGGGAAAUACGAUCCGGAAAAUGACUUUAUGCAGAUCACCAAGCGAUCCUCUGAUUCUCACGGAUGGCGCGGCAUUCUUGUAGGCAAAGAUUUGAUAGCUGAAAACUCAGGAUGGAUUGUGGGAGAUGGCAAAUCUAUCAACAUUUGGACUGAUCCUUUGCUAAGCUGUAGUAGAAGAGAAGCCCCUAUGGGACCACCUCCUGAAGAACUGGUGAAAUAUACGGUUGCAGACCUGUUUCUUCCAAACUCUGUGGAGUGGGACAGGCAAAAGAUCCACAGAAUCCUGCCGCAAUGGGAAGAUAAGAUUCUGAGCAUCAAAACCAGCGCUUUGGGAGCCCCAGAUAAACUUGCUUGGAUCCACUCGAAGACGGGAGACUAUAGCACCAAAUCGGGUUACUGGGCAGCGAUGCAAAGCAGGACCGAACCAGAAAACAACAUCGUCACCCCAACCGCUCUCCAGGAUAUCCUCCCGGUGGGAGAGAGGCUUCUCGCACGACACAUUGAUGUAGAUCCGCUGUGCAAGCGCUGUGGCGCCUUUGAAUCUGUUAAUCAUCUCUUUUUACACUGCCCUUUUGCUCAGGAGGUUUGGGAACACACUCCCUUUGCAUCAGGUUUUGUGGCUAGAAGAUCAUCAGAUUUACCGGCAGUUUGGAAGAGUCUGUGUGACAAAGUCUGUUUACCACCACUUGGGAUUGUUAAUGUACCUCUAGCCCCCUGGUUACUCUGGUCCUUGUGGAUUGAAAGAAAUAACUUUGUCUUUAGCAACAGGUACACUUCGGUGGCAGAUACAGUCUCUAAAGCUAUCUGUUUGGCUCGGGAAUGGAGUGGUGCUCAACUUAGAGAAAUUGUAAAGGGACGAAACCUGACUGCUCCCACGCCAGCAAACCCCAUUUCUGUAACGGUACAAUCAGAUGCUGCGUGGCGAAACUCCUCUAAUCUUGCAGGUCUUGGAUGGACGCUGAAGCCCUGGCUCUUCGGGAAGCCGUGGUUCUCUGUAGCAGAAAUGGUAUCAUGCAUCUCCGAUGCGAAUCUGAUUCUUCUCAACUUAUCAAGGCAGUUGUCUCUGACCAGUCCCUUCUGA